AACCACAAAUGAAAUUUUUGAUCUUCUUCCCUAUAUAAAACCCUUUUCAUCAAUCCCCCACUGAUCAAUCAGUCUUCCACCCAAAUUUCUCUUCUUUCACAUUGGAUCGAGAUUCAGGAUAGGAUUUAGGAUCGGAUCUGAUGGGGAAAGGCGGCGGCUGCGUUCCCAGCAAGGGCAAUCUCCGCAGAACCAACUCCAGCAACCGAUCCAAACCACCUCCUCCUCCGCCGGAACCCAUUGUUUCCGGCGAACCAAGCUCCGCCUCCGCCGCCGCAGUUGGUUCGGAAUCCGCCGCGCAGCCGACAGUUGGGAAUCUGAAAAUCUUCAUCGUCUUCUACUCCAUGUACGGCCACGUGGAGGGCCUGGCGAGGAGGAUGAAGAAGGGAGUGGACGCCGUGGACGGCGUCGAGGCCGUGCUUUACAGAGUCCCCGAGACGCUCUCCGAUGACGUUCUCAACCAAAUGCGGGCCCCGCCCAAGGACGACGACAUCCCGGUCAUUGACUCGGCGGCUGAGCUCGUUGCUGCGGACGGGUUGUUGUUUGGGUUCCCGACGAGGUAUGGGUCCAUGGCUGCCCAAAUGAAGGCCUUCUUUGACUCUACCGGGCAGUUAUGGAGGGAGCAGAAGCUCGCCGGAAAACCUGCCGGAUUCUUUGUCAGUACAGGAACUCAGGGCGGUGGACAAGAAACAACUGCCUGGACGGCAAUCACACAAUUGGCCCAUCACGGUAUGCUCUUUGUCCCAAUCGGGUACACAUUUGGGGCAGGCAUGUUCAAAAUGGACGCCAUCCGGGGUGGGACCCCCUACGGUGCCGGGGUUUUCGCCGGCGACGGCUCACGGGAACCCACCGAAACGGAGCUUGCGUUGGCAGAGCAUCAGGGCAGGUAUAUGGCUGCUGUUACAAAGAGACUGGUUCAAAAUUGAUAUUCGUUUACGUUGUUCGGUCUCUUCAUCAGAUCUCUUUGUUCCUUUUCUUUGGUGAUUGGUGCCUUUAUAGUCCACACUUAUUCAUCAGAUAUAUUGUUGCUCUUCUUUCUUUUCUUUUCUUUUUUUUAAAUUAUAAAGAACAAAAUGUAUAUUUUUCAACUUUUCGCGGUCUUGUCUAAAAGGUUUAUAGUAUGUUUCAUUCUUUUUUAGACACACAUGUUGCAGUAUACGUUAGUUUCAAAGUCAUUGGAUUCUUUUGUUACUUGAAAUUGUUCUCCCUUUGCCAUGGGUAGGGUUGUUUGGUACGGCAAUAAAAAAGAACCUACCCU